UCACGUUAAGGGGCAUUGAGAGUCACAAAAGUAUUAUCAUUAGGCGGGAACACAUGUUCCAUAUUUUCUUCGUCCUUUAGACCAACUUGCUCAAGUUUAAGGUCCAACAUGAGGAACUUCCCCGUAAUGUUACUGACAACUAAAAGCUCGAAAGGGAUAACAUCCCCCGUUCUCACCUUUCUUUGACCCACUUCUCUAUAAUUGCACCUCUUUCCUGAACAUUAAUCACGCAUAUAGAGAAGAUGCCUUCUUCCAUGUCCUUACGAGGAGCUUCUUCCUCGCUCUCUUCCUCUUCUUCUUCCGUCCGUCCAUGGACACACGAUGUAUUCUUGAGUUUUCGAGGUGAAGAUGUUCGUCAAAAGUUUAAUUCUCAUCUAUGCCAUGCUUUGCAUCAAAGGGGAAUCAACACUUACAUAGACAAGAAUCUUGAAAAAGGAGAAGAAAUUUUGUCAAAAAUUUUCAAAGCUAUUGAAGGAUCAAGGAUCUCAAUCAUCAUAUUUUCUAAAAACUAUGCAGAGUCCCGAUGGUGUUUAGAUGAGCUAUUGAAGAUUCUUGAGUGUAAGGAAACAAAAAAACAAAUUAUUCUGCCAUUGUUCUACGAUGUAGAUCCGUCAGAAGUACGGCAUCAAAAAGGGAGUUUUGGAGAAGCAUUCACCAAACUUAGAUAUAAGUUCAAGGAUGAAGUAAAGGUUACAAAGUGGGAGGCAGCUUUGGAAAAAGUAGCCAAUUUGUCUGGACUCGAAUUAGGGGACAGGAAUGAAUCAGAGUUUGUUCAGGACAUCAUUAAAUGGGUGGACUCAAUAAUGGUAAAUCGUACAGUUCUUAAUGUUGCUAAGUAUCCGGUUGGAAUGGAGUCGCGUGUACGAGACAUUUAUCAGCAUUUAAGCAUGGGAAGGAAUGAUAUUAUAUGCAUGGUAGGGAUAUUUGGAACCGGUGGAAUUGGUAAGACAACUAUUUCAAAAGAGAUCUAUAACAUAAUUUCUUAUCAAUUUGAAGGAAGUUGUUUCUUGAAAAAUAUUAGAGAAACUUCAAAAGCAGGAGGUCUGAUCCAGCUUCAAAAGACACUUCUUUAUGAGAUUUCGGGAAUAAGUUUGGAAUGUCAUGAUACUGACAAAGGCAUCAAUGUAAUUAGGCAUAGGAUUUGCUCUAAAAGGGUUCUCCUAAUUCUUGAUGAUGUGGAUGAAUUGGUCCAACUAGAAACAUUAGCUGGAGCUCGUGAUUGGUUUGGUUCAGGAAGUAAAAUCAUCAUAACAACAAGAGAUCAACAUUUAUUAAAUAUCUUUAAAGUAGAUUCAAAAUAUGAAGUAAAGAGAUUGGACCAUAAUGAAGCUCUUGAGCUCUUUAGUUGGCAUGCUUUUGAGGAAGACAAACCUAUUGAAGAUUAUGUGGAACUCUCUAAGCAAGUAAUACAAUAUGCUGAGGGCCUUCCACUAGCUUUAACAAUGCUAGGCUCAGAUUUACGGGGUCAGAGUAUAAGUCAAUGGAGAAGUACAUUGGAUAAAUAUAAACAAAUUCCUAGCAAAAAUAUUCAAGAAGUACUCUGUAUAAGUUAUGAUGGACUGGAUGAUAACGAGAAGGAGAUUUUUCUCGAUAUUGCCUUUUUUUUCAAUGGACAAUGCUUGGGUCAUGUCGUUAAAAUAUUAGACAGUUGUGGUUUCUCUCCAGACAAUGCUAUCAAAAGGCUUAUAGAUAAAUGUCUCAUUACAAUUACUACUUACAAUACAUUGUGGAUGCACGACUUGCUACAAGACAUGGGCAGAGAAAUUGUCCGAAAGGAAUCACGCAAACAACUGGGAACACGUAGUAGAUUAUGGUUUUUUGAAGAUGUUCGCUAUGUACUCGAGGAAAAUGCAGGAACAAACAAUGUUGAAGGGAUAAAAGUGGAUCUACCUCAGGGUCAUGAUCAUGACAUGAUACGCUUGAAUCCCAAAGCGUUUGCAAAGAUGAAAAGACUCAGAUUUUUUAUAAGCCGUGAUGCACGCUUUUCUGGAAGAGUACUUAAUUAUCUUUCUAAUGAGUUAAGAGUACUUGAUUGGUCAAAUUGUCCUUUACAAUCUUUGCCAUCCAAUUUUCAUGGAGGAAAGCUCAUUGAUUUUAAACUGUAUAGAGGCCGCAUCAAGGAGAUUAGCGGGCAAUUUAAGAAUUUGAUGGUAAUGGAAUUCUCUGAGUGUAAAUUCUUAACCAAAAUCCCAGAUCUUUCAAGUUGCUCAAACUUAAAGAAAUUGAAUAUUAUGGAUUGUGAAAAUUUAGUCGAAGUUCAUGAUUCUGUUGGAUUUCUGGAUAAGCUUGCUUGUUUGAAUCUUUAUCAAUGCUCCAACCUGAAGAGUUUUCCAAGGUGUCUCAAGUUGAGAUCUCUAGAAGUCUUGAACCUUCAGAUCAAUUGCUCAAAAUGUCAAAACUUUUCAGAAAUCGAGGGUAAAAUGGAACGUUUAUGUUGCAUCUUCUUAUUGAGCAUUGCAAGAAAUGAAAUACCUUCAUCCAUUGGGUAUUUCACUCAGCCUAUGCUUAAAUCAUUAUAUGUGAGACAAUGCUCAAAACUUAUGCGUUUCCCCAAUAGCAUUCAUCUGUUGGAAAAUCUAGAAGAGCUUUGUCUCAUUAACUGUAUAAAUCUUGAAAUAGGAGAAGUGGCUUCAUCCGUUAAUGGAUGCUUCACUGGGAUUGAAGAGUUAUCUAUAGAAGGCUGCAUGAACCUGAUGCGUCUCCCAAUCAGUGUUUCUCACUUGCAACAUCUAAAGAGUCUUUCUCUCGAUAAUUAUCCAAAUCUUGCAAGAGAAGAAAUAUGUUCAUCCAUUGGGCACCUCACUGGGCUUAAAAAGUUGCACCUAACAACAUCUAGAUUGUUUAAGAGGUCUGAACCAGAAUCAAGUGCUGAAUUACUCCCGUCGCCGGUUUAUAAUUGUUAUCUUGACAGCUUUUCAUUUUAUUGCUCAUUGACUUUGCAAGAGUUAGAUCUAUCUAAAAGUGCAAUUGUCAGCCUUCCUCCGAGCAUCAAAAGAUUUGUUGAAUUGAGGAUUCUCAGUUUGUGGCAUUGCGAGAAACUUCAAGAAAUUCUACAUCUUCCACCAAAUAUACAAAAGCUAUAUGCUAGUGAGUGUUUCUCCUUGGAAAGAUUCCCAGAAGUAUCAAGAAAAUUUCAAUUCUAUAGGUGUGGCUUGCGAGAGCUAAGAUGGAUUGAUUUGUCCGGUUGCCAUAAAUUGCUUGCAAAUAUAGGGAGUCAGGUGCCAAAUCCUUCAUUUGUUGAGGAACAUAUUCAAGACCAUUCAUGUGGUAUUAUAUUUCCAGGGAAUAAGAUUCCAGAUUGGUUUAGCCAUACUAAGGAAACUUCAAAUGGUGAUGAUUCUUGUGAAUUGGAUAUUAGUGGUCCUUUGUAUUUGGAUGAAAUCAUAGGAAUUAGUUUUUGUGCUGUUCUUGGAGCCGACCCGGAUCAUUUGAUCCGUUCAGGUAUUGGUGUUUAUAUAAAUGGUAACAUGCUUGUUGAAGCAGAUUUUUACUUAUUAAGAGACUCGGAUCAUGUAUAUCUAAAUUACUCAUUUCCAGAAUGUAUCGAGCAAUGGUUGCGGUACCCAAACGGAGACAAUCUGAGGUUUAGUUUUUAUAGUGAGGAUAAAUCGGCGAUCUUUAAAAAUUGCGGAGUUCGCAUAAUCUAUAAGCAUGAAGAGAAUGAGAAUUUAACAACUGGCGAGUGUUCAAUAGAUUCAUUGAAUGGUAUCCAACUUUAUAAGAGAAGCCGAGAUCAUGGAGACAACAACUUUGUAAGAAGAAGGGGAAGAGGGAGAAGACAAUGAGGAAGAAGAGGAAUUUGAAGAAUCUGACGAUGAAGAAGAAGAUAAAAGAAGAUUGUGUGGCAUUCUUCUAGGCAGGGUUCACCUUCUUAGCUAUUGAUGGAUCAAGGAAAUUGUGAGUACUUUCAGAAUCAACCAUUAUCACCACCAAUUAACCCUUGAUUCUGCCUAAAAGCCUCAUAGUAUUCGGAGUGGGUGUUUCAGCCACGGCAUGGAUGGAUAUUUAUGAUUCCCCUUCAAACACUGUAUGGAUUCCACCUUCCUCAGUUUUUGUAGAAUCAAAAUAGACUUCCUCAUGCUUUUCUUCUCCUCCAUCCUCAACCCCUUGUAGCAAAUACACUUUAAGGCUCUUAUAUAAGUGAGCAGGGUUCCAUUUUUCAUUGCAAUGAUAACAUAAUCCAUUUUUUAUUUUUUCAUUCAUUUGUGCUCAGGAGAUUCUCCUAGUUGGAGGGAAAGAUUUCUGCCACUUGUUGUUAGAAGUCUUGGCAGCAUAGGUUGAUUGCCACUCAGAUUGCCACGCCCAGGUGAGCUCCAUCUAUCACCUCCCAUUUCUACAGAUUUAUUAGUGUUAUUGAGAUACUCUUCCUGAACUUUUGCCAACCCAAAUGUAGCAUUCAAGUUGAUGGGGGUUUAGCAUCAUUAUGUACAAGCGAAUAUCGUCUCUUAAGUCACUCAAGAAUUAGCUGAGCUUGUGGUUUUCCAAGAGGCCUCUUAGCUGAUUCGAUAGGGCCUCAAAUUGGGCUUUGUAACUUGCUACAGUUGAGGUUUGUUUGAGGCGGGUAAGGGCUUCCAUUGGAUCAUUAUACCCAGUGGGGCCAAACCGCACUUGCAAUGCUCUGCAAAAACUCUCCCAGUUGUUAAAGAUCCCGCUUUGCACAACGUCCUGGCACCAAACCAUUGCUUCCCCCUCCAGGUGGUAGGAGGCCAUUAACAAGCGAUGCAUAGGCUGAGUUUGGUGGUACUCAAAGUACUGAUUGGCCUUGAAGCACCAAGCAGCUGGGUUAUCACCAUCAAAGUGAGAGAAAUCUAACCUCACUCCCUUGUAGACCCCCUCUGUUAUUUAUGAGUUUCCAAUUCAAUGUCUACUUGUAAUUCUCUAUGAUCCACGUUGUUUUGACUUAUUACAAUUGUUAUCAUGAUAUCAGCUAAGUGUUCCAUUCUUUCCUU